UAUGACUCAUACUGUGCUACUCUAUUGAGUGUUAACAUAGCAAUCAAUGGUUUUGUCCUUUCAUAUACAGUAUAUUGAUACAUACUGUACCAUAGAUCUGGCAGACGACUGCAAUGAAUUUUGUCUGGAACGCGACCACAGAUUAUUUAUAGCAUGCGUCAUUAGAUGAGCACGGGGAAAAAGAAGCAACAACAGUGUUUCGCACUCAAACAUAUUUCUCAGCACAUCAAGGUUGUUUAUAUUGUUGUCUGUUUUCACAGUGUAUACUGGUUUGGGAUUUAAAACAUGUACCUUUGAAGUUACAUGUAGCCAUUGUUAGUUUGUAUUAGCAACGUGGAAGAAAAGAUAUUCGUAGCUUCAAAACGUGAGGCCUGCUAGCUACUGUUUGCUUGUUGCAACAAGAACACGUUUCAAGAAACCCUCACGAGUUGGUCUUGUUUGAGCAGAAACGUUUUCACCAAAUUUCAGUGCUCAAUCAUCAUGGCUGAUGACUUUGACAUAGAAGCAAUGCUUGAGGCUCCAUAUCGAAAGACUUGCCUAACGAUAUCUCACCUCUACUUCCAUGAAUUCCAGUGUGAUCUGUCAAAAAAUGAAGGAUGAGAUCAAGCACAGUAGUCCAAAUGGACACAAGGAACGCAGCAAGAAGAAAAAAAAGAGCAGGAGCCGAAGCAGAGACAGGAAGAGAAGCAAAAGCCGGGAUCGCAAGAAGAGCCAUGACCACAAGCGGAGCCGCAGCCACGAGCGAAAGCGGAGCCGCAGCAGGGAGAGGCGCCGGAGCCGCUCUCGGAGCAGAGAGCGCAGCGGCCGCUACAGGGACCACAAGACCACCUUCUCUGGGCCGAAAUUUAACGGUGGUUCCAGAGGGAAGAUUGGCCCCCCACCUGUCAUCAAGCUAAGCCGAAGACGUUCCAGAAGCCAAAGCCCUUUCAAGAAAGAGAAGAGUCCUGUGAGGCAAGUGUUCCUUGGGGAGAUGACGCAAAAGAGUUCAAUCAGGCAGCCAAUAGACAACCUGACUCCAGAGGAAAGGGACGCUCGCACAGUGUUCUGCAUGCAGCUUGCAGCUAGAAUCCGACCACGAGACCUGGAGGAGUUCUUCUCUGCAGUGGGAAAGGUGAGAGAUGUGCGCAUGAUCUCUGACAGAAAUUCGAGGAGGUCGAAGGGGAUUGCUUACAUCGAGUUUGUGGAGGCCAACUCGGUGCCUCUGGCUAUAGGAUUGUCUGGCCAGCGACUUCUGGGGGUGCCAAUAAUUGUUCAGGCCUCACAGGUAAUGGCUGAGAAAAACAGGGCUGCUGCCAUGGCCAACAACCUGCAGAAGGGCAACGCUGGCCCGAUGAGACUCUACGUCGGAUCCUUACACUUUAACAUCACAGAGGAGAUGCUACGAGGAAUAUUUGAGCCUUUUGGAAAGAUUGAGAGUAUUCAGCUCAUGAUGGAUAGUGAGACGGGGAGAUCCAAAGGAUAUGGCUUCAUCACUUUCUCAGACACAGAGUGUGCCAAGAAGGCUUUGGAUCAGUUGAACGGCUUUGAGCUGGCUGGCCGGCCGAUGAAGGUGGGCAAUGUGACUGAGCGCACAGACGCCUCCACCGCCAGCUCCUUCCUGGACAGCGACGAGCUGGAGAGGACAGGCAUCGACCUGGGCACCACUGGGCGCCUGCAGCUCAUGGCCAGACUGGCUGAAGGCACGGGACUGCAGAUUCCCCCAGCAGCACAGCAAGCCCUGCAGAUGAGUGGGGCCAUUGCUAUUGGUGCCAUGGCCGCUGUAUCAGCUGCCAUGAAUCCUGCUAUGAACAUGAAUAUGAACAUGAAUACAGCUAUGAAACUACCCUCACAGCCACUUGCUACACACUGUUUCCAGCUGUCUAACAUGUUCAACCCUCAGUCUGAAGAUAACCCAGGCUGGGAUGUUGACAUUCAGCAUGAUGUCAUUGAGGAAUGCAACAAACAUGGAGGAGUUGUGCACAUAUACCUUGACAAGAAUUCCACUGAAGGCAACGUGUAUGUGAAAUGUCCAUCCCUUCCUGCUGCCAUGGCUGCAGUAAACGCAUUACAUGGUCGAUAUUUUGCAGGUAAAAUGAUCACAGCGGCAUACGUCCCUCUCCCAACAUAUCACAACCUUUUCCCUGACUCUGUGAAGGCUAUCCAGCUCCUGAUCCCUCCUGCUCUCCGAUGAUCUCCCACAGCAAGACACGAAAAACCCAGAUUGGUGGGACACUGUAUAAUAGAUUUUUUCCCCCUUCAAUUUUCUCUCUUUAAAAGUUAGACUUUUUACAGUCUGUGGUCGGUUUUUCAUUCCUGCAAGUUAUGGCAGUAUGUCUUUCUUUUAUGUUAGUAGAUGAAGUAAAAUCAUUUCCCCCCCCGCAACAUGUUUUUUUGACUUUCCAUAUGUUGGCUUUCCAUACGCAAAAAUAAUCAAAGCUUUACUUGCAUAGUCACAUCCAAACAUGUGUUGGGCAUUGAGGGUGGAGUUUCAGCCAGUCUAAUAAAGGGAUUGUAGUCCCUGAAGAGUUUUA